UAACAAAUAACAAUGGAAAGUGUUAACUGAUCUCUAAAACGGCCACAGCUGAGGCCUGUGGAGUUUUUGAGUCAGAUGUCUCAGAUUAUUUAUUUAUUCUGUAUUAUAAAGCCUACAUGCAAAUUGGAAAUUUUGAGGCUGGCACUGAUGAAAGGCUCUAUUGGCAGUCCCAGUCCUUCGCAUGCAGGGCGAUGUAGUGUGGCAUGAACCCUUGCAAUCUGCUUGAAGACGUCUGAGCUCAUGUCUUCUUUCCCUCAGAAGUACGACAGUGAUUUUUCUGAGCACAUAAGCUAAAGAUCCGAGGGUCCUUUUCAAAACAUGGCACCCAAUGGCAAUCCCCCUUUUACAGCCCCUUUUCAGGCCUUCUGGAAAACUUCCAAUGGAAGGCUCCCACCUCCUUAAUCAUGCCAGAGCGCUGCCUCUCCUCUCAGUGCCACUCAUUCAAGUGUGCUGACCUGGCCUGACCUCGUGGAGAUGGAGACCUAAUGAGCCCACGGCCCAAGGUGCUGCGGGAGCUCUCUGCAGGCUUUGCACAUAAGCAGGCGUUGUGGUUUUUCGUACGCACGUGUUUUAAAUUUAUCACGUCAAUAAACAAGUGUAUGGCACGCUCAGACAGGGCCUUUACAAUGGUGCAGUGAGGAUAAAUUGCAGCGCUACAAAUUGCGGUGUCACGUUAUAAAUAUAGAAGGAGACAACGUGGGAUAUUUAUGGCCUCGGCACAAUGGAGUCCCCUGUUGGUUUUUGGGUUUAGCGUUUGGGUUGCUGUUAGUUUUGCUUCGUGUUGCUUUUAAUUUAAAUAAUGAGCUAUUGCUAAGAGUUGGAAUCUGAAUGGCUCACAAACUUUGCACGCAUCUUCCAGAACAGCAGUCGUGCUAAUGGGACAGGGAAAGCAAGAUGAAAAAAUAAUGCUUCUGACUUGAAGGAGAGAUGCAUCAGUAGAGUUCCAUAGCAGAGGGCGUUUAAGUUGAAGGAAAAGCUGGGAGGCUUUCCAUUUCCUGGCAAGCUUUGGGUUUGCUUUCUUUUGAGUCCCACAUUCUGGGGAAGAUUGGUUUCUGUUGUGCUGUGUUGUGUUCGUUUUAUGAUUGCUUUUAUAAUUAUGGUAAAACUAACUUCAAUGGAGAAUGUGCUCCCAAACGCAUACAUUUAAUGAACCAACUGAGACUUGAGGUUUUCACGUUAAAAACCAGUCAAGGACAGACUGUGGUACGCAGUGCUAAUCAAGGAUCAGAGUGCAUCUGCAACAAGAGAUGUCUGAGCAAACUGCAGGACGCGUGCUGGGAACUCCCAACAGGAGCUCACGAGUCCCAUUUUGGUUGGACCAAAUGAUGGCAGCAGAUGAAGAGGAAGAUCUUACACCAGAGGAAAGGAGGAAAUUGGAAAGAAAAUUGAAAAAGGAGCGCAAGAAAGAAGAAAAAAAGCUGAUGAGGGAAGCUGGAAUCUCUACUAAGAAAGCAGAACCCAAGAAGCUGUCAGGAUCUGAACUGGCUCUGGCCUAUUUAACCAGCUGGUCUGAAAACCCAAAGGAAUGGAAGUUUCAAAAGACGAGGCAGACCUGGCUGCUCUCACACAUGUAUGAGAAGGAGAAGGUUCCAGAUGAGCAUUUCACCAUUUUACUGGACUAUCUGCAGGGCCUUAAGGGCAGUGCACGAGACACAACUGUGCAGAAAGCUGAAGCUCUGAUGCAGGAACUGGAUGGAUCGGAUGCAGAAGACCCAACCGUGAUGGAGAAGUGCGAGCGCAUACGCCAGGUUCUGCAGCUGCUGUCUUGAGAGCGGUUCUGUGUCUCGGUGCUUGUCUGAUGGAAAGAAGCACUGAACAUCACGUGCAAUACUUCAAAUUCGUUGUGAAGACAUAUUUUGACAAUGAAUCUGAAUACUGCAUUUUCUGAGUUUGUACUCGUGUUUUCAGCUACAAGUAUUUAUCAUGUUUUGAGGUGAUGAAGUCAAAACUGAGCACCAUAUAUGAUCCAUAGACAUGCUGCAUUGAUUAAAAGCAAUCUCACUGCUUAUCUUUGGAAAAAUA